AUGGAGUUCUACAAUUCUCGGAACUCUUACAAGAAGUGCGACGAGGUGGAACCUAAUGUGGAUGAAGCGUUGCCCAAGAAAGAAGAACCGGAUCCCGAACGAGGUCCACCGAAGGAUCUCCCGCGUCUUCGUGGUCUGGGAGAGAAGCUGGACUGCUUCAAGGCCAAGUACUUCGACGAGAAUCCCCUGGACAAUCCGCUGUUCGCUGAGAAGCUGAUCCAGGAGCCGACUCCGCCGUCGGAAUUGGACCCGGCAAGGUUCGCCUCGAGGAUCAUGGUGCUACCUAAAGACAGCGAGGAGUACAUCGUCCAUCAGGUCUCGAAGAAACCCGAACGAAGCGGUCGUCAGUGGCGGAAUCGAAAUCGACCGCAAUACGAGACACACGAGUCGAUUCACGUCAACUACAAGCACGAUAAGCAGACCGGAAGAGGCAGGAACGCGUAUCUGCACACUGUGCGAGGCACGAGACCCCAUCUGAGCGGAGUGCGUCGAGUGAAGCCUAGAAAAUCAAGACCGAAAGCGAGCGGCAGCACUACGCAGUCGCCGAAAUUUUACCAGACUGCGUCUUAUCAGAACCAGGUAUACGAAGAUGUGAUGGGUAACAUCAGAAACUUGGCGAACGCUUAUCAGGUCUACGAGAUAACAACCUUGCCACCGAGCUUGCAGAUCCUGGAGAUGGCCAGUAACGAGAAAACGGUGAAGAUUGAGAAUGUCACGUCGAAUUCUACCUCGAAAGAGAACAACACUUCGUUUCCGGAUGUUAACGAUGACGCGAGCAACCCGAAAUCGUCGGAGAUCAAAGGACUGCUGCCUCCUCCGAAGUACUCGGCUCCGCGAAAAAUCAGUUACAGGAAAUACAGACCACUGGGUAAAAGAAGAGUGUCUCUGCUGAGAUCUUCGAAUCUUCCUCGAAUCAUCGCUCAUCAUCAUACCGUUAAGUUGAAGAAGCGCAGCGCGACGGAUAAUACUGCAAAAAAUUCUUCUGAAAGUACGAUAAGUAACGAGGGUGAAAGGACUACGACUGAAGAAUCUGUAAAAGUCGAUGUCGGAAAUGACACGAUAAUAAAAUUGAUAGAGGAAGAGACGCGGAAAACAAACUCGACGCCUGAAACGCCGGACUUGGAUGUCGAGGAGAGCAAACAAGAUCAAAGUUUAUCGACGACCUUGAAAAUCGACGGUAAGAAGAGACGAAGGAAUUUCAAGACUAACGACGAGACCAGCGAACCUUCUCAGAACAAAGUCAUCUAUACGAUCAGAGAUCGAGUGAGAUACUCGAAGCCUAAAGGAAACACGAGAGGAUUCGGUAAGUUUAACACAAGCUCGAAGACGGUCGAUGAAGAUAGCAGACGAAAAGAACCCCGAUAUAAUUCCUUUGAAAGAAAGAAGAAGUUGGACGAUCGGCAAAAUUCUACGUUGAAUUCGACCGAAAGCACAAUUGGGAUCAAAAACACAACGUCAUCGAAAGAAGAUGGAGUGAGCAACAUAACCGAGGUUUAUCGCGCGGAAGAAUCUGUUGUGCGUCGAACAAUCUACGGCAGAAAAAAACAUCCAGAGCGAGAAGAGAGCGUCGAGGAUGAGUCUACGGAAAGUCUUGAGGAUGAAACAGAAAAUACGACAAACGUGUAUCCAGUUCGCGAGAACGACGAGGAUUACGAUUUCACGACCACCAUGAGAUCGCCGAGUUCUUCAAAGUCAGAGAAAAUCAAGGAUCUACGAGAGUUCUUGGAAUCUGAUCCACCAGGAUACGUAGAAGCAUUCCCCGAGGAAGCGACAACGUUAUCGAGCAAAUAUCGCGUGAAUCAUGAGGGAGAUGACGAAGAUGACGAAGAGAAGCAGAGCGAAGAGACAGAGUAUCCGAAAAAUGUGGCGAAUUCAUGGGACGAUGAUUCCGAGAAAAUUGAAGAACAAGUUGAAACGCCGAUGGAGACGAAAUCGUCUGCUCGAGACGACGAUUCCGAGGAAAUUUCUUCGAAGGAAGAGGAAGCUUCCGAAAAGAAUGAGCGACCAUCGUCGGCUGAACAAGAAAAGAAUGACGAACAUUUGGAAAAGAAAACGUUCUAUCGUCCAUUCCCAUUUUCGAGAUAUAAGGCAAGGAUUAAAAAGGAAAGCGAAGAGGAUGAUUCCGAAGAGGAAAGCGAGGAGAAGAAGGAAGAUUACGUGUUUCCUUGGCACGCCGAUAAAAAAAGUAAGGAGAACAGACGCAAGUGGCUACAGAGCUUUGACAGAUACGAAUAUCCUUGGGAGAAGAGAAAAAGAUUGACAAAUAAACGGCGAAGGAAACAAGACGAUAGACUUAAAAAGGGGUUUUCCGAGGAUGACGAAGACGAAGAAGAGUCUACGAGACACGAAAGACCUGUUUAUCCCUGGGAGAGAUACGAUGUUCCUUCCAAGACUCGCGUGAAAACUCGUAGACGCGAUAUUUCACGCAGCUAUAUCGACGACAGCGAAGAAUCUGCCACCAAAAAUAUUCCACUCGCAAAGUUUAGCAGCAGAUAUAGUUCCAGUGACAGAGAAAAACCAUCAAAGUCUCACGCGGGAGAGAUCAGUCAGUCCAUCCAAAAAUUUUUGGAUAAAGACGUAGACGACGAAUUCAAAGAUAAAACUUCGAAAAAAAUCGAAGAUCGUUCUCCUGCAUUUAAAGAAAAAUCAUUAGCUUCUUCAGACAGAGAAAUUUCCACAGAAACGUUCAUAGAAGAAGGCAUCACAGAACCACCAAGAAGAAAAAAUAGACGAAGGAAAAUCUCUCAAAUUGACAAGAAUGUAUCGAAUGACUCGCGACUUGAUUCGAAAACAUUGAAAAGCGAGGGAAUCAUUAAUGAAGAAGAGCAGGAAGAGCCAGUGGUGGAAUAUCGAAAGCUGAGGAGGAAAAGUAACGUAGACAAUCUAGCCUCUUCCGCGACUGAACAAUAUAGGAAACAUCGACAAAGAAUCUCGAAGAACAACUCUACGAUUUCCUCCGAUAAUGCCGAGCCUAUUAUUGAACCCGUGAAAAAAAGACGCAGAAAAUCUCAAGCAUUAAAACAUCAAACGUCGGUCUCGUCUUCUCCGAGAGUCGACCUUGACACGAGUAAAUCAGUAUUCACACCCGUUCGAAGGAGAUAUUCCAAGGCAGACGAGACUACGAAGACAAAUACGUCGGAUUCUUCCGAAAAUAGUACUGCAAUUAAUACUGACAAUCUUGAAGCUGAAACUUUGGCACCGAAAACGCGAACUGUCGAGCAACUAUCGAGAGUCGCAAAAGAAAAAAUCGUCACGAAGACCACUUAUCCGAAAGAAGCGGAGAACUUUUAUUCCGCUAACGCGACGUUCGCUCGAAAAGAACCGGGGGAAAAGUUGAGAGCCAAAUCGAGACGCAGAAAAAAUAUUAAUAAAGAAAAGGAUGAUAGAAAUUCAAGUAAUAAUGAAAAGUUGAUAGAACGAAAGGCUGAGAAAAAUGAUCACGAUAUUAAUAUCGAUAUUAAACUCGUCAAUGCAGAUGAGAGCAAAAGAUUGACGGAAUCAGAAAAACCUCGGGCCAAAAAUAAAGAUUCUUUUCAAAGUUUUGGAAUAAGAAGAAAUGAAGAUAAAAAUAUAAAUGAUUUUAAUACUUACGACGUGAUUAAUAAUAACAAGAACGAUAACGACACUGAUGGCUCUCAAAUAUCAGAAGUAAGUUUGUCAUCGCAAAACAAUUAA